UCAGUCGUGUGCGUUGGAGUAGGUAGGCUUUACGGUUCGAAAAAUCCUCCCCCCCGGUGUCAGUCGACUACGUUCACGAGCUGUCACGUUGUUGUCCCGGCGUAGGUUAAUGUUUCGUUGGCCCUGAAGGCGCCAUCGAUGUCGUGUGGUGCAACAGUCGUACUGCGUGUUGUGCUGUGAAGAGCGCUAAAAACGCGCGUCGAUUCGCGUGAUGAUUGUUGUAGGCUUAAAGUUCAGUGUUCAAACUCUCGAAAUUCGCGGAAACUCGUGCCAAAAGCUAACCUUUAAAAAAAUCAACAGUGAAGAACGGGAUAAGUGAAGUUAAAAUCGGAAGCAAAAAAAAAAACAAAAGUGACAUCCCUGUUGAUUUUUGUGCGACCAAGUGGAUGGAGUGCAACAUUGUGCAAACAGUUUUCGGUGACAUUGUGCCGUGUCCGCAGAAGAACACUUUUCGAGUGCCGUUCUUGAACGUUCGGGCCCCGAGUGUGCGGGAACAAGCAUCGUUAGAUCGCGCGAAAACACAGCAGCCCGUACAGUGGUUUUACUGAGCGUUGAUGGUGUGUCCGGACCCCCGUCAUCAUCGCUUGUGACAUUAUCGAGCGGUUGUAUCUGUUCAUGUGCCAGAUCUAAGUGAUCCAACCGUGCGAGCGUCCUCACCGUCCUUACGUGCUGUUAAACAUUGUUGGCAUAGUUCGCGCCCGGUUCCGUGUACCGUGCACAAGGCAACAGCAAGCCAGAAACGGUACAGGAGCAAACAAAAAACGCUGACCACUGACAUCCCUCCAGCUAUCAGUGAAAUAUGAAUUCCAACGCUGUCGCACUGCUGCUGUUCGUGGCGCUGGCCGUCUGCAUCGGUGACAGUGCCGAAAUUCCACCACUGCCGGUACAGGACGACCAAACGGCCGGUGGUGAGGGAGGUGGUGGUGGUGGCGAUGGUGGCGCAUCGUCAUCGGAAGCGCAAGAAUCGUAUCUGGGUGUUAAGCUGUACAAAAUGGAGCGACCGUGUGCGAUGCUCGGCGGUAUGUGUGUGCAGAAGAGCGAAUGCAACUCGCGGCCCGGCAAGGAAGGACUCUGCCCGGAAAAUGGUCAUCUCGGGGUUGAUUGCUGCUACGAAGUAAAACCAGCGAAAAAUCUCACCUGCCACGAGUACCGUGGAGCAUGCAUGGACCGGUGCGCCGAAGGACUGCAGCGCCCGUCCGUUGAUUGUACCGAGGGGCAGAUGUGCUGUGUUUUGGUGGGUUAAGCCUUGCUCUUAAUAGGGGGAAAUGUUUCGAGCUUUCGAUAAACCUGGCAUCAAAACUGGAGUGCUAUUAAAAGCAUGAAGAGCAAGACAUGAAUGCUGCAAGGUUUUGAAUGAUCGAAACACUCAUCAACAAGUGUAUCUCGCUAUAAGCUUAGUGCAGCAGGAUUAGAGAUAAAAACAUAUCAAAAAGAAGCUAUUUAAACGUCGAAGGUAUAAAAGUAAAGCAUUAAACCAAAGCAA